AUGGCUUCUUCUAAAGCUUAUUACAAAAUCUUCGCCAUUACCGUUCUCCUUCUCUCCUUGACAUUAAUCUCUCUUGCCGGUAAUGCUGAAGACACAGACGUAAAGGAAUGCAAAACUGAAUAUAAUCCAGAGAUUCAUCAUGCCACAACAACAAAGAAACACAAAAGACUUAAACUCAAAGCAAUCAUAUCAAUUUCUCGGCGAGCAUUAGCGGUAGGUUUAGCUUCGGGUGCUAUUUUGGAGACCGGUGUUAUGCUCGUGUUACCGGACUCUUUCGAUUAUUUAACGUCUGAGUUGUUGCCUGAAAAUCCAUGGAAGAAGUUUCCUUUCACCACUUUCAUCGUGAUGGCCUCGGAUCUGUUUCCUUUUAUGUUCAAUUUGUAUGCGAUGAGUUUGUAUAAGAAGAUGACUAGUGAUAUGGAUAAACAAGAUGAGGUCAACGAUGAUAACACAAGUCAACGUCGUAGGAAUAGAUAUAGUCUUAGUAGUAAUCUUUGA